AUGUGCAUGCUGCACGUAAAUGAUCGAUACCCUGCCCUCUCAGCAAAGUUUGGAAGGAUCCGCCCGGAUAGCCCCACUUGGGGUCAAAUGUAUUUGGCUAGUCUGGCCUCUGCUUGCCACGGUUCAAAAAAUCGAACCUCCGUUCACACUGUCAAUGGAAAGAUACAGGUAUAUCUCGCUUUCUUCAACUUGCCAGAUCCGCCUCUUGAGGCUUUUCGCCGGACGAGCAGAUGA